GCGGCGGCGGCGGGCGCGGAGCUCUGCGCGCGGCUCCAGCGGCUCCAGCGGGCCGGGAUGGGCGGGUGGCCGCGCGGAGGACGCGGGGGGCGCGCGACGUGACCACCCGGAUUCGAAGCCCGCCCCGCCCCCGCCCGGCUCGCCGGCUCCAGGGUCUGCUCCGGGGGUCGCGGACGCGGGGCCGGGCGGCGGAGCCGGAGCCAGAGCAUGCGGGGCGCGGCGCGGGCGGCCUGGGGGCGCGCGGGGCAGCCGGGGCCGCGACCCCCCGCCCCGGGCCCGCCCCCGCCGCCGCUCCUGCUGCUGCUCCUGCCCCUGGCCGUGCUGCUGGGCAGCGCGGGCGCGCAGUACUCCAGCGACCUGUGCAGCUGGAAGGGGAGCGGGCUGACGCACGAGGCGCACAGGAAGGAGGUGGAACAGGUGUAUCUGCGCUGCGCGGCAGGCGCCGUGGAGUGGAUGUACCCGACAGGGGCGCUCAUCGUUAACCUGCGGCCCAACACCUUCUCGCCUGCCCGGCACCUGACCGUGUGCAUCAAGCCCUUCAGGGACUCCUCGGGGGCCAAUAUUUAUUUGGAAAAAACUGGAGAACUGAGACUGCUGGUACCGGACGGGGACGACGGGGACGGCAGGCCCGGCCGGGUGCAGUGCUUUGGCCUGGAGCAGGGUGGCCUGUUCGUGGAGGCCACGCCGCAGCAGGAUAUCGGCCGGAGGACCACAGGCUUCCAGUACGAGCUGAUUAGGAGGCACAGGGCGUCGGACCUGCACGAGCUGUCUGCGCCGUGCCGUCCCUGCAGUGACACCGAGGUGCUCCUGGCCGUCUGCACCAGCGACUUUGCCGUUCGAGGCUCCAUCCAGGAAGUUACCCACGAGCCUGAGCGGCAGGACUCGGCCAUCCACCUGCGCGUGAGCAGACUCUAUCGGCAGAAAAGCAGGGUCUUCGAGCCGGCGCCCGAGGGUGACGGCCACUGGCAGGGGCGCGUCAGGACGCUGCUGGAGUGUGGCGUGCGGCCGGGGCAUGGCGACUUCCUCUUCACCGGCCACGUGCACUUUGGGGAGGCGCGGCUCGGCUGUGCCCCACGCUUCAAGGACUUCCAGAGGAUGUACAGGGACGCCCAGGAGAGGGGACUGAACCCUUGUGAGGUUGGCACGGACUGACCCUGGGGGUGCUUCGGGCACUGC